AUGUUUAAAACACCGAUUCGUCCCGAACUUCAUCAAACGAAGAUGACUAAGCGAUGUAUGCGGACUACCAGAGAACGUUCACCGAGUAGUGGACAUCGAAUUGCGAAUACUACGCACCUUUCUACGAAACCGACAAAACCAGAUGUUCGCCAAGUGGAAAAAGUGCGAGACGAAGGAAAACUUCUGUGCUCAAUAUUUGGAGCACCGCCUCUGGAGGAGGAUAGUGAGCGGACUGCUGCUGUUGCUCCAGCUGUAUUUGUUGGUGCUGCAACGACUGACGAUGCUGCUGUGACUGCUGGGAUUGGCGCUGAACUUGCAUGGAGUGCUCUGUCAUCGACCGAUGUGGCAGUGUUGAUUGAGGUUGGUUUUGCAUGUGAGAUUGUUGUUCCCGCUGCUGUUGUUGCUGCUGCUGCUGCUGAAGGCGCUGAUGUUGCUGUUGUUGGUUUUGGUGUUGUUGCUGUUGCUGGUGGUGGAGUUGCUGCUGUCUCUGAUAUUGCUGCAUCCCAAAACCGUAACUAUUUUGAUGAGACGAUUCAUGUGAUUGCGAUUGCAUGA